AUUUAGAUGUAAAUGUAACCUUUUUAAUGACGACUAUUUCAAUUCAACCUCGACAUUUCUUUUCGAUUGGUCUUGAUUCAGACACAUCCUCCAGCCAUUAACCCAGAAAUCAUUCAAACCCCACUAUCUUUUAGCAUAUACCAAUUCUCAAACAAGAUCAAAGAUCCCGCCUGGCUUCCUGUAGCCACCCACAUCAGAAUCAAGGCCUUAAUGCAAGCCCUUGCCUGGAACAUCACCCCACCCACAUCUCAACAGUUUUCUUGAGGUUUAUGUUUCCUCCAAUAGUUAACACCCAAUGGUUCUACCUUCUACCUACUGGUUCUGGUUCUGCCUACUCAGUGAGGCUUAGUGAUUAAAGUGUUGGACAACUGGUUGGAAGGCUGUGAGUUUUAAUCCCAGUUCCACCAAUCUGCCCUCCAGCUGGUCCAUCAAACUUAAUGCUCAGGUGUAUAAAAUGAGAUAAAAGUAAGUCGCUCUGGAUAAGGGUGUCUGCUGUAAAUGUAAAUAUUUGCUCCUAGUAGGCUAGGUAAAUACAGAUAUAGUUAUGAAAAAAUCCCUGAGUGUCUAAUUUCAUAUGAGCUUCAUAUUAACCACCACUGUGGGGUGUAACAUGAUAGACAUUCAGUGCUGACCAUGCAAAUUCCAUCUUUCGGCCAUGUUCAUGGCACAUUCUGGCAAUCUAUCUUGAUUAAUGCUUCAGACCGGGGAUAUCCAAUCCUAUCCAGAAGGGGCCGGUGUGGGUGUAUGUUUUCAUUCCAACCAAGCAGAGGCCACACCUGAGUCUAUUGAAAGCCAAGAUCAACUGAUUAAACAGGUGGAAUCAGGUUCAUUCUUGUUUGGAAUGAAAACCUGCGGUCCUUCGUGGAUGAGAUUGGACACCACUGCUUUAGACAGAGCUACUAAAGUCAAAACUUUAGUGUGCAAACUGCAUCAAGACUGUAAGUUGUGAUCUGAUUGACAUUAAUCGUGCCUCAUUCUACUCAUCUGGAGCCACUGAGUGCUGUGUAGUAAUGAUCCAUGCAGACUGACACGCCCUCACUGACCUGAAAAUAAACUCUGAACAUUUGAAAGAUCACGUUAGCAGAUGGGCCGCUCGUUUUACGACCAAAACAAGUCAGCUAUCCAGGGUCACUCAGCAUAGCCAAACUACCAUAUCAUAUCAGCACAGCCGCGUGUUUUCACCUUGCUUCAAAUCCGCUAAUGGGUUCCCAGCUUCCUUUCUCUUCCGAGGAAUUAUCCUGUCCCGUGUGCCACAACGUCUUCACAGAUCUGGUUCUCCACUUGUCAUGUAGUCACAAUAUCUGCAAAGUCUGUUUCGAUCAGUCUUGGAAGGGUGCGGGGUCUCUGGUAUGUCCGGUUUGCAGAGAGCAAACCGAUGUGGACUAUGUACUGAGGGAUUUAUGUGAGGCUGCGCCACAGAGAAGGAGGAAUGAAAACUCCUCCGCAUGUUCGACAUCACUCUGCGGUCUACACAGAGAGAAAUUCAACCUCUUCUGCCUAGAAGAUGAACAGCUGCUGUGUGUGGCAUGUCGCACGUCAAAGAUACAUGAAAAUCAUAAAUGUUGCACUGUAGAUAUUGCGGCACGUGACCAUAAGAAGGAUCUUAAAACUGCACUCAGACAUCUACAGGACAAGUGUCAGCUCCUUAAAACGGUCAGAUCAAAUUAUGAUCAAACUGCAAAAUGUAUUAAGUAUCAGACCAAGAAAACAGAUCAGCAGAUAAAGAACGAGUUUGAGAGGCUUCACCAGUUUCUUUACGAAGAACAAGCAUCCAGAUUAGCUGCUCUGAGACAGGAAGAGGUGCAGAAGAGUCUGAUGAACAAACAGAAGAUUGAAGAGAUAAAUAUACUGAUAUCAUAUUUUGCCUAUAUUCUCAAUAUGAUACAAGAGGAAAUGGGACGAGAGAAUAUAUCAUAUAUGGAGAACUUAAGAGCGAUAGCAAAAGCCCGAGCUCACUGCUCCUUGCAGGAACCACAGAUGUUCCCGGGAGCGCUGAUCAAUGAAGCAAAGCACCUCGGAAACCUGACUUUCAGGGUGUGGGAGAAGAUGCAGGAGAUCGUUCAGUACACCUCUGUGAUUUUAGAUCCAAACACAGCCCACCCUGAGCUGUCCCUUUCAGACGAUCUGACCAGUGUCCAGCGUAGUCAUGGAACACAACACCUCCCUAGUAAUCCAGAAAGAUUUGAUCAGUCUUAUUGUGUCUUAGGAUCUAAAGCAUUUACCUCAGGCAUCCAUAGCUGGGAUAUUGAGGUCAAGCAUGUUCCGGAUUGGGAGGUCGGUGUGACAACUGCACAGACACCGAGGACCGGAAAAACUCCCUUGGAUAGCGAAACCUGGAGUGUCAAGGCUUCUCAUGGUGAAUAUCUGGCACGGUUUUCAACAGCAACAGCCUUUAAGGUCCAUCUUAAAGAGAGUCCACAGAGGAUUAGGGUUCGGCUGGACUGGGAUGCAGGGGAGGUGCAAUUCUCUGACCCUGUCACUGACACACAUAUAUGUACUUUCAGACAAACUUUUACUGAGGGAGUCUUUCCUUUCUUUAUUACACCGUGCAAACAUUCAGUUCUGAAGGUAUUACCAUUAUAUGUUGGUUUUAUGCUGAAUACUGAACAGGGUAGAGAGUGAGGCAAGUAAAGCAUUCAUCUACAGAGUAAAAAUGUUACAUGUAGUAGAUAUAAUUCAAAGAAACAGAACCUUUUCUGUUCAUGAUCUGUUCUGAUGCUGUAGGUGAAACCUGCUUAUAUGUGAACUGAUUGAUGCCUGACAAAAUGAUCAACCAGAGCAAAAUAUCAUCCAGAAUCUGGAAUAUUAUUUGUUUGGCAGAUGAAGAAGCAGGUUCAAGGAAGGGAUUGCUUUCUUUGUGUGUUUUAAGGAGAAGAUCGAAAGAAGUACAUGUUUGUAGUAUGUUUUAUCCGAACUAAGUAAGUAUCAGGUCUUAAAGACAGCAAGUUAAAAAAAAAAAAAGAAAAGAACGAAAAAGGAAAAAAAGAAAACGAAAAAAGAAAACGAAAUGUUUUAUGCUCGAUUAUGGACGCUAGGUGGCAGCCUUGUACUUUCCCUUACCGCCCAAAGUAAUAAAUAAAUAAAUUAAUAAAUAAAUAUGUUUAAGGGUGUAUUAGCAUACUUAUUAUUAUUAUUUUUUUUUUUAUUAUUAUUUUUUUUUUUGAGUACUUAGAUAUGCAUUACUGGUGAAGAGCAGGAUUAACUGCAUUCUCCAACUAAUUAAUGUUCCAGUAAAUAUUACAAAAAUGAUCAGUGACCAAAGAAGCCAACAGACAAACUGGACUGUUAUCCCUUAUGAGUGAAAUUAUUGACAUUUGUCUCCCAUUAAGCUGCACUAGCAUUGUCCUCCUGUGACAUCAGUGAAGGACAUAACUGCUAACUGCACACAGCAAUAAUGCAAAUACAGACAAAACAACAAUAUAGCACCUUAAGCCCUGUUUACACAUGGCAUUAACAGUGAUCUGAUCUGAUGCAAGUGGUCAGCGCAAAGUACAGAUGUGAAGCGGGUCCGAAGCGCCUUGAAGAUACAUCUUGAUCCGAUCACUCCAUCUGCACUCGGUGUUGGUUCAGGACAAAAAUGAGCACAUAAUAUUUAUAGUGUUAGAAAAAGCAUUGCAGUGCACCCCAGAGAGCAAUGAAGGAGGGAAUAUAUAAGC